CUAAACUGUCCCCUACUGCGACUCUGUAGAUGUCCCCAGCAAAUCAGGAAGGUCCCGGAACAAAGUUACUUCAGGAAUAUCAAAGAGGUCAGGAUGGAAUGCAAGAAUUUUUGAGUUGGAAAAGAAUCCAGGAAUCAUUUCCCCAUUCUUGUACAGUGAAGGAAAUUCGAGAUUUCCUGAGUGAGGAAGUGAGUAGCACAUGGUAAGGAUGGUAGGGCAGGGCUUGAGGCGGAAGUGACGCUAAGUCGGGCGGGGCAGGGAGAACGACCUGCCCCGGCUCGGGGCUAGGGUUUACGGACCGGCGAACUCGAUCUGUCGGCAGGUUCUCUUUCUGAUGUUACCAGUCUUUAGAGCCAUAGGACCAUAGAUUUACUGGAAGAGACCAUAGACCUAGUCCAGCUCACUCAUUGUCAUCCAGGGAAGAGUGAAGCUAAAUAAUGCCUGCAUGAUGGACAAAGAAUUAGAAGCUGAAAUCCACCCCUUGAAACAUGAUGACAAAGUACCUCAGAGCAAUUUGAAAAACCAAACUGAAAAAGAUGGUUCUUUUAAGAAAGCAUCUCGGCAUUCCCGGUUUGCCCAGUGCCGCACAAUGUUUUUUUUCUUUUCAUUAUUUACCUGCCUCUUUGUGGUAUUUAUCAUCUCAUUCAUCAUCCCAUGUCCAGAUCGACCAGUAUCACAAAAAACAUGGAAAAUAAAUUAUGACAAAGCAGUAACCUAUGACUUCUUGGUGUUUAAAGAUAUAAACAAGGACAGAGUUCAAGAUGUUCUUUUUCUUCACAAAGAUGACAACAGCAACAAUGAUUUUAACAUAUCCUGCAUAGAUGAAGGCUUUUCUUCCCCAUGUACCUUUCUUGCUGCUGUGUCAGGUACCAAUGGCAGCUUGAUCUGGGAUAGGCCUGUUGCUCAGGACAUUGCCUUCAUAGAGUGUGUUGACUCCCAGGAGAUGGAUGAGCUUCUCUGGUGCUGCUUCAUUGUGGGGAAGCCUGGCUCUCUCACUGCAGUUGAUUUUUACACAGGGGAAACACUGUGGAAUCAGUCUUACACUUUUGGAGGUAAUGCCUCAGUAUUGUAUCCCUUCCUGAAUAUACCUGAUGUGAAUGAUGAUGAGAUCCAAGACUUACUAUUCUUUACCAAAUCAGGGAGACAGAUUCAAAUUUACCUCAUUUCAGGCGGUACUGGUGACCAAGUUGGUUCUACGCACAGCCUAAAUCUAGAAGGAGAAGUUGGUUAUAUCAUGCAUGUCACAAAGAUCGGCGCCUACUAUGUUAUUUUUCAUUCUGCUUCUUCCCUCUACGGAUAUUCUCUGAAGGAACUUUAUGAGGAAAUAACUGGGAAAAAAAGUAUAUUUGAGGAAGAUCCUUAUUUAAAGAAAAUAAUUAAUAAUGUUACACAUAGAAUGUCUCCUUUUCACAGCUCGGGAGCUAUCCGCUACCUAACGAAUGUGCCUGCCAAAGACAUAUUGCUUGUGAAAUCGGAUGCAUGUGAGAUGCUUGACGAGCAGACGCUUACUACAAAGUGGACCUUUAACACAUCUGACGUUGUGAGAAAACCAGUCUUUGGCUACUACAAACCAGAUGCACUUGCUGUAGUCCUUGAAAAUGGAACCGAUGACCAAAGAAAGAUCUGGAUUGUGGACGUCGCCUCAGGAGCCCUCCUUUGGAGCCUGUCCCUGAGCUUAGUGCCAAGGAGUCUAAAGACAGCCACCAUGCAGACAGCAGACCGACGCUCUGUCUUCUUCUUCUGGGGCAGUAGUAACCUGACUGGCCCCAACCAGAUGGAAACUGUUAACUUCCAGCAAAUCUUGUAUUUGUUUCACCCCACUUUGCCAGACAAUCUUUUGGAAAUUGCCAACACUACCGAAAACAUUGCAGCCUUUAAUGUAUUGAUAUUUGAGGAGAGCCACCAUGCCUCUUACGUGUUGCUGACUGGGCCCACGAAUCAAGACCAGCCUGGCCAGGUGACUUUAUCAAAGCAAAAGGUGAAGGAAAACAUCCUAAAUAGUAAAGUGAUCUGGCUGAUAAAGGAAAAGUCUGACAGUGACCAGAUCAUUAAGGACCGGUUUUAUGAGCUGAGAUACAGGAGGGAAAAAUGAACUCAUCAGUCAGAGGGUAUCUGUUUUUUUCCCCUCGUUUGUUUUUUGUGUUGGUUUUUUUUUUUGGUCCUUCCUCCCUAAGAAACCAACUGAAGAAAUUAAAAAUCCAACAAAACUACUUUUCACAUAUUCUCCAAACUGACUUAUCAUGCACGUAGGCGAGAAGCACAGUUUCCUACUCUUGCAGAGACAGAAUUGGAGUCAUUUGACCAAGUCUCUCUCCAGGUGCCUUACUUUGACACUCAAGAGUUUUGAUGGCAUUUUGUAAGGAACUAGUAGAAAAGGCAACUCAAGGGAAGUUACAUUACAUCUUCUCUAGCCUCUAACCCCACUUUCUCUGUGUGUCUUCACUCCUUUGCCCUGGGCAUUUUUGAAGGGGGGAGGGGGCUUUUUCUCCUUGUGAUUCUCUGUGAGGCUUUGUAUGUGGAACCUAGCUGAAUUCCAAACAGAUUCUCCCUCCACGGGCUCUCAUGUUCACAGCCAUGGCCAAAGUUUCUCUAAAAACAGGCUUACAAGGUCAUGCUUACCUUUGACCCUUUCCCCUCCAAGUUAAACAUGAGGCCAUUCACUUUAAAGUAGGGCCAGCUUAUUUCAUUUCUGCUGAGAUUUUCUGUUUCCUCCUUGAAGAAGGAGCAUCUUCAUCUAGCCAAGCUCAAGGGAGCCCCCAAAGUUCCUGAGGAAGGAAAUAAGGGGACUGGGCUUGAGGGUGGGGAUUGACCCUGAGAUGCUGAAGCCUUCAGGAAAUUCAGAAGCAGAUCAUAAUCUGGAACUUCAGAUCAUCCCUCCUCUAGCCUUGCUAGACUUGCUGUGGAAAACUUGUUCCUGGUCUGACAGCAGCAUCUCUUUUUUAUUUAAGAUCCUAACACCUAUGCAGCAUUGAGUAGAUAUCAACAGAUACUGCCUACAUGACCCUUUUUUUCCUGUCUUCAGCCACUUAGAUUGUAGUGGCCUUCAGGGGGACACUGGCCCCCAGGGGUAUCCCGAUGGCUGCUGCUUUGGCUUCUUUGCCAGAUCCUAAUGCACAAAGCUUUCUGUAGCUUGGCCCAGUAGUGAUCUUGGCCUGUAGGAACCCCUUUGACUCAGUCCCUGGGGGGAGCUAGGCCUCGAGAAUUCCAUAGCUGUAGGUUGGGAGAGACAACACGGUUCCCAGCAGCUUUCUGAUGAGCCUCUUUGGGUGGUUGGGCAGGGAUGGGAGGCCACAUGCUCAUAGGACGUGAUGUUUUUAAAACGAUGCACAUUGGAUCCUUGUGCCAUAAAGUCGUCCUAACCAUCACCAGCAGCAGCCACAUGCACUCUGGGGAAAUUCUUUACAGCAGCGUCAAUAAGAAAACGAAGGCUUGAGGAAUCAAUAUGAACUGGGCUGCCAGCUGACAUCAGAAACAUGAAGCCAGCACCUUCCUAGCCACACUGGUGCCUAAUACCCAUCUGUGACCCCAUCUCGGGCCACAUCACCACUUCUGCUGUGAGCUUUGGGACAACAAACAGCAUUUCCCCUGUGCUGGGUGACUUCUAUAACGGAUUUAUUUUGGUGCCUUGUUGAUCUCAAACCCUUCUCAGGCAGGUGUAGCUCAGGACCUGCCAUGGAUCAUGGAGUUUCAUUCACUUUUAUAACUUAAUACAAAUCCAUUUGAACCCUGUAAUCUCCACUGGACUUUUUCAAUAAAUGUUUCUGCGUUGUUUGUAAAAGCUA